AUGUCUAUUAGACUUCCAAUUGACAAUAAUUUUUUCAAAGAAUUUCAAUUUUUAGACCCAAAAAUAUGUCUUGAUCCUACUAAAAGAAGUAUGGUCACAGAUUUACCAUUAACGAGGGCUAAAUUUCAAAAUUUUAUUGACAAAAAUAAAGCUGUAGAAGAAUGGUGUGAAAUAUUAUACUUCUACAGCAAUGAACAAGUAUUGAAAUUAAAAAACUUGGAUAUCCCAGGAUUUUGGCAGGAGAUAAAUAAAGCAAAAGAUUUUUCUAGUGACAUUUUAAAAUUGUCCAACAUUUGCACCUUAGCAAAACUAGUUUUGUCCUUGCCGCAUAUUAAUGCCUCAGCUGAGCGUAUCUUUUCUGUUUUAAAUGAUGUCAAGACGAAGAAGAGAAACAGACUUGGAGACAACACUGUCAAUGCAGUUACUAUGAUCCGUUCAUCGUUUCAAGACAAACCAAACAAGUGCAAGCUUCAAAGUAACUAA